CACCUGCUACCAAUGCUAAGGCUCAAGUGCGUUCCAGUGGUUGAUAGGACUCACGGUAACCGCUCCUGCCCUACCGCCAGGGAGGCUGCGAAUGUGAAAAUAAGUGACUGAAGAAGCACAUCCAAGAGUCAUCUAACAUGCUGAGAAGAAGAUUUGACUGCCGAAGUAUUUCGGGCUUGCUAACUACAACUCCUCAAACUCCAAUAAAAAUGGAAAACUUUAAUAAUUUUUAUACGCUUACAUCUAAAGAGCUAGGAAGAGGAAAAUUUGCUGUGGUUAGACAAUGUAUAUCAAAAUCUACUGGCCAAGAAUAUGCUGCAAAAUUUCUGAAAAAGAGAAGAAGAGGACAGGACUGUCGAGGAGAGAUUCUGCAUGAGAUUGCGGUACUUGAAUUGACAAAGUCUUGUCCCCACGUGAUUAAUCUUCAUGAAGUCUAUGAAAAUGCAAGUGAAAUCAUUCUGGUAUUGGAAUAUGCUGCAGGUGGAGAAAUUUUCAAUUUGUGUUUACCUGAGUUGGCUGAAAUGGUCUCUGAAAAUGACAUUAUCAGACUCAUUAAACAAAUACUUGAAGGAGUUUAUUAUCUACAUCAGAAUAACAUCGUACACCUUGAUUUAAAGCCACAGAAUAUAUUAUUGAGCAGCAUUUACCCUCUUGGGGACAUAAAAAUUGUAGAUUUUGGAAUGUCUCGAAAAAUCGGAAAUGCAUGUGAACUUCGGGAAAUCAUGGGAACGCCAGAAUACUUGGCUCCAGAAAUCCUGAACUAUGAUCCUAUUACCACAGCAACAGAUAUGUGGAAUGUUGGUGUAAUAGCAUAUAUGUUGUUAACUCAUACAUCCCCAUUUGUGGGAGAAGAUAAUCAAGAAACAUACCUCAAUAUUUCUCAAGUUAAUGUAGAUUAUUCAGAAGAAACUUUUUCAUCAGUUUCACAGCUGGCCACAGACUUUAUCCAGAGCCUUUUAGUAAAAAAUCCAGAGAAAAGACCGACAGCAGAAAUCUGCCUUUCUCAUUCUUGGCUGCAGCAGUGGGACUUUGGAAACUUGUUUCACCCUGAAGAAACUUCCAGUGCCUCUCAAAGUCCAGAUCAUACAAUAAAGUCCUCUGAAGACAAGACUUCUAAAGCCUCUUGUAAUGGAACCUGCAGUGACCGAGAAGACAAAGAGAACAUCCCAGAGGAUAGCAGCAUGGUGUCCAAAAGAUUUCGCUUUGAUGACUCAUUAUCCAAUCCCCAUGAACUUGUUUCAGAUUUGCUCUGUUAGCAGUUUUCUCUUUGACUCAUUUGGACUGAAUUUGGAAUUUGAAAUCCACUCCAGUGUGAGAUUGUGAUUUGUAGCUUCAUUUACAUGGCAUGUUUAUAUUGUAAAUGCAUUUUGGCAUAGAAGAUUUUAAGGAAGUGUUUUAAUGCUAAAUUAUUAGUUACUAGCAUAAUUUCAUUUCCUAUACUGAGAUAUCAAGAAAAUAUUGAAGAAAAUAUUUAAAUAUAUGACAAAAAAUAAAAUUGUACAUGUGAAUUUACAUGUUAAUGAAGGAAUUCAAUUUCAAAUGGAUUUAUCAAAAUGUAUUACAUACCAGGAAAAAAUUGAUUUGGAUUAUAUUAUGGUUAAUGUAAACUGAACAAAAUGAACACAUUUGAAUUCAAUAAUUCUCUAAGGUAAGUCCUACACCAUGCCUGUAUUGACAGAACAUUAUUUAGGAUAACAAUGCCAAGUUUAAGUAAGAAUAUGUACUAUUUUAUAGAUGCUCAAGAGAUAGUAUAUACUUGAAAAUGUUUUUCAGUCAUGGAUACUUUAAAGUUGCAUAAGAUUUCCAUUACAUAUGGUCUACUAUAUGAGGUAGGUCCUUCAACCAGAGCAGAGAGGGAGUUAGAAAUUGGAUUAGGGACAUCCUGUACAAGUUGAAGUGGAAAAAAAGAGCAGCAUGGCAUCGUUUUUAACCCAUGUCUUUUGCCCACUCUCAGCUACUCAGAUUUAACAAAGUCUAAGAGAUGUAUACACUUGUAUACACUUGGUGUGCCAGUGUGGAGGAUUUCCACCCUCCAGAAUCUCUGGAGUAGAGGAUACUUUGGUGAAACUGAUUGUGCUCUGUUUUCUGACAGCCAAACAUAUUUAUUAAUUGAAUGUAGAAGAAAGUCCUGACUGACUUACAGAGUUUACAGAGUUUUGGGUGUCUUCUAAGUCUUAGAAUACAAGCUAUCAUCCAGAAUUCUAGAAGUAUGCAUAAAAUAUAUCAUGGCACCCGUAGGACUAUUAGCACAGUGCCCAAGUCAGCAGCAGCAAGGUGGAUGUGAUCAUAAAAGAGGCUGACAGCAACUCUUCUUAAGUUCUUGUGUGAAAUUGCUAGGGAGCUACGGCACUCAGCAGGAUGUGCGGCACGGCCUUUGAUGGUCUUUUGCCGGGACCAGUGCAGUAAUCUUCCAGGAACAGCAGAAUGUUUGAUUGGUGGCUGGUGACUAUGUUCAGUCCUCCAGCAGGGGUGGAAUUGACUCCUUUUGGGUAAUCUUUGAUGACUUUCCACCUGGAGACUAUUUAAAACUCUUAUAUUGUCAUAUUAAGAUAAUUGUAACUUCAUGACCAUGUUACUGUAUUGAAAGAAAUUAGGUUUUGUCAAAAGAAAUCCUUGAGUUUUUCUUUUUCCCCUUUGAAUUAUAUAUGCCUCUAAAACCUGUAUCUUCUUAAAAUUUGUUAAGACUCCAGAUAACUUAAAACUUUUUAAUAACCAUGAGGUCACUUUAUUUGGGUAAAUGGUGAAUUCCUUUUACAUCUUCAUUUCUUAAAGGAAAAAUUAUCUCUGUUUGUGCAUAUGUGUAUAUGUAUUUGUAUAGAUGUAUGUAUAUAUGUAUCGAGAUAAAAUAUAGUCCUUAGACAACUUUCUCUUAGAGUUCUUCCCUCCAGUAUAUUGUACUCAACUCAGGUGCCAAAGGAGCUCUCUUCUUAAAACGUGUAAAUAUACAUUUAAAUUCUGUAAGAAGUAGUUUAUUGGUUCAAUAAACUAGUCAUUGUAGAAGCUAAAUUGGGCUCUUGUAUAUCUAAAACAGAUGAGUUUUUUUCCUAAACUGUUGCUUGUUCAUUUAUUUGCCUUCAGUAUUAAGCUAAUGCAGGUAAAGCUUAGUAGGCCAGCCUUUGGAAAAAGAGGAAAUUAUUGCUUUUACAAAGACCAUAUUAUUUUUUUAAAUUUCUGAAUGAAUUAUGCCAUACUGAAAAACAAAAAUCAAAAAAUGUUUCAAUUUUAAAUUAUAAACUGUUUCUUUAAAAAUAUUUCAUACUCGUUUUCUUUUACUCUGAGGAAUCUUAAAAUAGUUUAUCUGCUUCCCCUUAGUUAAUAGAAUACACAGGAUUGUAAGUUUCCAUACCUCUUAUCCUAAUAAUUUUUAUUGUAAAAAAGGAACUAGUGGUUGCACAAACAGUAUAAGUCCAUUUUUCCAUAAAGGUGAAGUUAUUUUCUGUGAUUGAAAUAUGAAAAUAAUGUUUAGAGAGAACUUAUUAACGUGUGACUCAAUUCUUACUCUUUUUCCUCCCGAGAUUGGAAACAAAUGUCUAUCAAAAGUAGAUGGCAUAUCAGUCACGUGAGAAUAUGGAGAGCCCCUCUGAGGCAAAUAAAUGUCUGUAACACAUCUGAGGAUUAAUGUCAAAUUGUGCUGAGUUUAAAAAACUUUAAUUUGCUUUUUGGAUAGGAUCUCUGGAUAGAUAGAAUUAAAAAUAGAUGAGGUAUAGAUAACAGUUAUAACUGUCAUUUUAAUUUUUUUUUCCCCACAGUAAAUUUAACCUAACUGAGCAGUACAAUUAUAAUGGUAAUGUAGAGAAGUCAGCAGUACCUGUUCUCCAGUUUGUGAGGAGAUAAGGCACCUGUGCCAGAAUAUGAAUCAAUAUGUUGCUUCCUUUAUCAAGAAAGUCUCGUAAAAAAAAAGUCAGCCGGUUAGUGACACAGUUAUUUUCAUUCUGCAACAAAAACUCUUUCUUUCAUUGGAUGGGUCAUAAAUAGUUCAUGGGCCAUACUUGGAACAGCCUUGCUCUAAGCAGCAUUUGUAACUGUUGAUAUUUUAUAACUGUUUACAUUUCCUCUGUUUAUUUUUGAAUUUUCAGUUUGAUAUCUGACUUGGAAACUUGUCCUUAUUCAUUGUUGUGUAAACAAUUGUACUUUAAUUUAAAAUUGUAUUAAAAUUAUCUGACUUCCCACUUGGGGAAUUACUAUCAGUUUAUAAGUUUAUCAAAGUUUAAAGAACUUUAAACUCAAUGAUAAAUUUCACACAAAUUCCAACUGCCCUCCAUCUUAGCUUUUAUUCAAUAAUCAUGUUUAGACCUAUUGACCUACAUUGUUAUGAAUACUCCGGUUUAAAAAAAAAAAUCUUAUUACGUCAACUUAAUGAUCCUUUUGGUUAAAAAUUAAAAAGCACUUUUUUACAUUG